AUGUGUUGCACUUCUGUCCUCUAGGUGGCUGUUCUGCAUCCAGGUAAAGAAACAAGAGAAAACUGAUGGAAAAUGUCUUUUAAAAUUAAAAGAUCAGUGUCCAAAAUGUUCAUGUUCCUCUCUAAAAAUUGUGAGAUAGGAAAUUAAGUUUAUAACAUUCUUAGUCACGUUCAAGGAACAAUAAGUGAAACAUAACUAUAUGACUUUUAAAACUUUCCUGUGACAGGUUGCAGUUGGAUUUAUUCGGUUUUUCUGGUGGAAAUAUUUUGCAGAUUCCAAGCAAAAACAAAUUUAAUUUAAUUUAACGCUCGAGAAAAAAGCCCAGCCAGGUCUACACACGUUUUUUAAAACUUGAUAUUUGUUUCACAAUAUUGUCUCGUCCCGCUCUCCCUCGUGUGACACCGUUGUAAACGACAUCAAAAAAAAGUAUUUUCUUUUAAAAUCCGGAUGUUGCGCGCGCUGCUGGCGCUCCAUCGUUAACGAGGACGUGCGCGAGGUGCGCGCCGCUGUUUGAUCUCGUCUGAACGGGCGAGUCGUGUUUGGGUGACGUGACCAAAACAUGGAAGUAAAGUCUCACUUUUCUUUCUUUCUAUUUUUCUUUUACGGCGUAACCGUCUGGAUUUAAGCGCUUUGUCAACUUCGCCGUCGCGCACGCAAGAUAAAUGUGUAGCGUCAGCGCAUGCGUGGAAGACAGCGUCGUAGGUGAGAGAAACGUGUCAGUGAGGAUGAGGACCAGGGGCCCCCCCGACGGAGGGUACGGCUGGGUGGUGGUCAUGUCAGCCUUCUUCGUCAUGGGCCUCACCGCCGCCCUCAACAAGAACACCGGCCUCUUCUUCCUGGAUAUCCAGAGUCACUUCGGGGUCCUGACCAGCACCACCACAUGGGUCACCUCCACCACCAUCGGCAUGUUCCACCUCGCAGCUCCAGUGGCCAGUGCGCUGACCGUACAGUUUUCCCAGAGGGCGGUCAUCAUCGUCGGAGGUCUGCUGUCAGCCUCCAGCAUGGUGCUGGCGUCUUUGGGCUUCAGUCUGCCCUGGCUCUACGUCACCAUGGGCAUCCUGCAAGGAAUAGGCAUUUCCUUCGCGUGGCUCCCGACCAACAGCAUGGUGAGCCACUACUUUGCCCGCUGGCGUCCCAUCGCCUUCGCCAUCGCCAGCUCCGGGGAGUGCUUCUUCGCCAUCAUCUUCAGCCCCUUCUUCCACUGGCUGCUCGAGGCGUACAGCUGGCAGGGCGCCUUCCUCAUCAUCGGGGGCCUUCAGCUCAACAUGUGCGUCUGCGGCGCCGUCAUGAGGCCCCUCGAGGAAGCGAAAGAAAAUCCGCACGUCGACGCCGCCGCCGUGCCGCCGAAGAGGAAGCCGAUCUUCCAGCUCUCCCUGAUGAGAAAACCCGAACUCCUCCUCUACAUCCUGUUUGCCAUCUUCGCGGCGGCGGGAAUAUUCAUCCCGCCGCUCUUCCUGGUGCCCUUUGCCAAAAGUGUGGGGAUGGAGAGCUACUGGCCGUCCUCCAUCCUCUCCACCAUGGCGUUGGCAGACCUGGCGGGGAGGCUGCUGUGCGGGUGGAUCGCCAACAUGAGGCUGCUGAGGAACCUGCAGCUGCUCACCGCGGUGGUGGCUCUGCUCGGCGUGGUGCUGCUGCUGCUGCCCGUCAGCCACGACUACUGGGCCAUCCUGGUGUUCGCCUCGCUCUACGGCUUCCUGUUCGGCUGCGUGAUGGCCAUUCACAUCAUCUCCAUCGUGGACAUCGUCACCCUGGAGGGCUUCGACAGCGGGCUGGGGCUCUUCAUGCUCUUCCGGAGCAUCGGUGGAUUCAUCGGUCCACCUGCUGCAGGCUGGCUGGUGGACCAGACGGACGACUACAGCUCCGCCUUCUACCUCUCGGGCGUCUGCAUCAUUUCAUCGACGGUGUUCGUCGCCCUGGUCGACCGCCUGGUUCAGAGGAGAAAUUCCGUGGGCGCCAAAGUUCAUCGAGAGGUCAUCCCGGACGACUCUGAAGGGGGAGGAGUCAAGUGA